GAAAGGGAAAAGCCUUGGCUGGAGCCUACGAAUUUGGGAUUCAAUUGGAAGGGACCGGACCGCUUACUCCAGGGAAAUGGAUUCUAUACCAUGGCUGACCAGCGUUUUGACUUUGCUCUUCUCAGGCUGGUGGCAUUUAGGAUUAACGGCGACAAAUUACAACUGUGAUGACCCAAUAGCACCCAUGCUCCCUCCAAUGGCUUUUACCAGUUCUUCAAACUUCAGUGGUCCUCACAGCUCAGCUCAGCUUAACCGAAGAAUGGGAACUGGCGGGAUAUUGUUAUCACUCUCAAAUUCCAGUCAGGGCUUGCAGUUUUCAAUUAUUUCUUUAGUCCAGAUAAGAUGGACUGCUUUGGCUUCUGAAGGGGAUUCAGGAAGCAACGACUGGACAGACUCCUUCAACCAGAUGUGCACUGACACAGAUAGGAACUGGAAACACAGGGAAUCCAGGACGGAUGAUCCCAUAUGGACCUUUGCAGGAAACAUGAAUGCGGACAGUGUGGUGCACCACAAGUUACUACACCCAGCGAGGGCCCAGUUUAUUCGCUUUGUUCCCCUGCAAUGGAAUCAAAGAGGAAAAAUUGGCAUGCGAGUUGAGGUCUACGGAUGCUCUUAUAAAUCAGACAUAGCUGACUUUGAUGGCCGGAGCUCCCUUUUGUACCGAUUCAACCAGAAGCUAAUGAGUACGCUCAAAGAUGUGAUUUCCCUCAAGUUCAAGAGCAUGCAAGCAGAUGGAGUCCUGUUCCAUGGAGAAGGUCAACGAGGAGACCACAUUACCCUGGAGCUGCAGAAAGGGAGGCUGUCCCUGUACCUCAACUUGGAUGACAGCAAAGCUAGGAUCAAUAGCAGUCCACCGUCGGCCACCCUGGGCAGCCUCCUGGAUGACCAGCACUGGCACUCUGUCCUGGUGGAGAGAGCUGGCAAGCAGGUGAACUUCACUGUGGACAAGCUCACCCAGCACUUCCGCAGCCAGGGUGAGGCAGAUGCCUUGGACAUUGAUUAUGAGCUUAGCUUUGGUGGAAUUCCAGUACCAGGCAAACCUGGGACAUUUUUGAAGAAAAAUUUCCAUGGAUGCAUUGAAAACCUUUACUACAACGGAGUAAACAUAAUUGACCUGGCUAAAAGAAGAAAGCAUCAGAUUUACACAGUGGGCAAUGUCACUUUUUCCUGCUCUGAACCACAGAUUGUUCCCAUCACAUUUCUCAACUCCAGAAGCAGUUAUUUGCUGAUGCCCGGCACCCCUCACAUCGAUGGGCUCUCAGUGAGCUUCCAAUUCCGAACCUGGAGCCAGGAGGGUCUGCUUUUGUUCACAGAGCUGUCUGAGGGCUCGGGGACGCUGCUGUUGGUCCUGGAGGGUGGAGCCCUGAGACUGGUGAUUCCGAAAUUGGCAGGACAUGCAGCUGAAAUCCUCACAGGCAGCAACCUGAGUGAUGGCUUGUGGCAUUCAGUGAGCAUCCGAGCCAGAAGGAACCGCAUCACUCUCACUCUUGAUAAUGAUGCAGCAUCCCCAACUCAGGAUACCAUCACCGUGCUGAUUUAUUCUGGAAACAGCUACUACUUUGGAGGGUGCCCCAACAAUCACUCUGAUUCUCGAUGUUUAAAUCCCACCAAGGCUUUUCAAGGCUGUAUGAGGCUCAUCUUUAUUGAUAACCAGCCCAAGGACCUCAUUUCAGUUCAGCAAGGUUCCCUGGGGAAUUUUAGUGAUCUACACAUCGAUCUGUGUAGCAUCAAAGACAGGUGUCUGACAAACUACUGUGAACAUGGAGGAAGCUGCUCCCAGUCCUGGAAUACCUUCUAUUGUAACUGCAGUGACACGGGCUACACAGGUGCCACUUGCCAUAACUCUCUCUACAAGAAGUCCUGUGAAAUGUACAGGCACCAAGGGAGUACAGCGGGUUUUUUCCUCAUUGACGUGGACGGCAGUGGACCCCUGGGCCCUCUCCAAGUGUACUGCAACAUCACUGCUGACAAAAUUUGGACGUCAGUUCAACACAACAAGAUGGAGCUGACCCAUGUGCGAGGUGCGGACCCAGAAAACCCGUAUAUCACGGUCCUAGACUACGGAGGCAGCACGGAGCAGCUGGCUGCCAUGAUUGACGGUUCUGAGCACUGUGAGCAGGAGGUGGCCUACUACUGCCGAAGGUCCCGUCUGCUCAACACACCGGAUGGAACACCAUUUACAUGGUGGAUUGGCCGGUCUAAUGAAAAGCACUCUUACUGGGGAGGUUCUCUUCCUGGAGUUCAGCAGUGUGAGUGUGGCCUUGAUGAGAGUUGCCUGGACAUCCAAUACUUUUGCAACUGUGAUGCUGACAAGGAUGAAUGGACAAAUGAUACCGGCUUUCUUUCCUUCAAAGACCACUUGCCAGUCACUCAGCUAGUCAUCACGGAUACCAACAGAUCAAACUCAGAAGCAGCUUGGAGAAUUGGGCCCCUGCGUUGCUAUGGUGACCGACAUUUCUGGAACGCAGUCUCAUUUUACACGGAAGCCUCUUACCUCCAUUUCCCAACGUUCCACGCGGAAUUCAGUGCUGAUAUUUCCUUGUUUUUUAAAACCACGGCUUCAUCAGGACUUUUCCUAGAGAAUCUUGGUGUCAAAGGCUUCCUCCGACUUGAACUAAGCUCUCCUUCUGAGAUCACUUUUGUCAUCGAUGCUGGGAAGGGUCCUUUGGAACUAAUAGUCCAAUCUCCUUCUCUUCUGAAUGAUAAUCAAUGGCAUUACAUCCGAGCUGAGAGGAACCUCAAGGAAGCCUCACUCCAAGUGGACAGCCUCCCACGGAGGGUCAGGGAGAAUUCGGAAGAGGGCCAUUUCCGAUGGCAGCUCAGCAGCCAGUUGUUCGUAGGAGGAACAGCAUCAAGACAGAAAGGCUUCCUGGGAUGUAUUCGCUCACUACACUUGAAUGGGCAGAAGCUGGACCUUGAAGAGAGAGCAAAGGUCACAUCUGGAGUCCGGCCGGGCUGCCCUGGCCAUUGUAGCAGUUACAGCAGCACCUGUCACAAUGGGGGGAAAUGUGUGGAGAAGCACAGUGGCUACUUCUGUGAUUGCACCAACUCACCAUAUGAAGGUCCUUUUUGUAAAAAAGAGGUUUCUGCAGUUUUCAAGGCUGGCACUUCAGUUACAUACAUGUUUCAGGAGCUUUACCGUGUGACCAAGAACACAAACCUCUCAUCCUCGGCUAUUUACAUGGACGCCGUGCCAUCCAAGGAAGACAUUGCAUUUAGCUUUAUGACAGCACAGGCCCCCAGCCUCUUGCUCUACAUCAAUUCCUCUUCUCAGGACUUUCUGGCUGUCCUGCUCUGCAAAAACGGAAGCUUACAAGUUCGCUACCAAUUGAGCAAGGAAGAAAGCCAUGUCUUUACCAUUGAUGUAGACAACUUUGCCAACAGAAGGAUACAUCGUUUGAAGAUUACCCGAGAGGGGAGAAAGCUCACCAUUCAGGUGGAUCAGCAACUCCAGUUAAAUUAUAACUUCUCCCCAGAUGUUGAAUUCAGAGCUUUCAGGUCACUCACUCUGGGAAGAGUCACAGAGAAUCUUGGAUUGGAUUCAGAAGUUGCCAAAGCAAACACCUUCGGUUUUGUAGGUUGCCUAUCUUCAGUACAGUACAAUCAUAUAGCACCACUGAAGGCAGCCCUGCGCCAUGCCACCGUCCAACCUGUUGUUGUCCAAGGGACCCUGACAGAAUCUAGCUGUGGAUCCAUGAUAUAUUCAGAUGUGAAUACAGUAACCACAGUGCAUUCCUCAUCAGAUUCUUCUGGAAAAACAGAUGAACAGGAACCCCUCACCAAUGCAGUUCGGAGUGAUUCCGCCGUCAUUGGAGGAGUGAUAGCAGUGGUGACCUGCAUUAUCUUCUCUAUCAUCGGCAUCAUGGCCCGCUUCCUUUACCAGCACAAGCAGUCACAUCACACUAACCAGAUCAAAGAAAAAAGCUACCCAGACCAUUUGGACAGUUCCUUUAGAAAUGAUAUUGACUUGCAACACUCUGUGAGUGAGUGUAAACGGGAAUAUUUCAUCUGAAAAUAUGCAGGAUUACCUGGUACUCUCUGAGUUUAAUUUUUGUCUUCUAUCGACUCUCUUAUAUUUUAAU